AUGCCUCCGACUGUGCGUGGAGACAAAAGAGCCUUUUUCGAUAUUUCUAUCAACGAACAACCUGCCGGACGAAUCGUUUUCGCUCUAUGGAAUUUCACAUGUAAGCUAAUUUUUUUUUCGAAAAUAACACAGUAUCAAAUAUUUGUCUGAAAUGCUAAAAACAGUCCAAAUAUCAUCUUGUUUUUUCCUCUAGUUAAGUGUCACUCCGUCAUUUCUUAAACAUAAAGAAAACUUGAAAUUUCAGGCCCGAAAACUGUAGAAAACUUCCGCGCCUUGUGCACUGGUGAGCUCGGACGGUUGCACGGGAAGUACGCCUGUUACCAGGGAUCGAUUUUUCACCGCGUCAUCAAAGGAUUCAUGAUUCAAGGCGGAGACAUCACCCACGGCAAUGGACAAGGAGGAUUUUCCAUCUACGGACGCAAUUUUGACGACGAAAACUUGACGCUGCAGCACAAGAAGCCCUACCUGCUCUCGAUGGCCAACAAAGGACCGGAUACGAACGGUUCGCAAUUCUUCAUAACCACCGAAGAGCAGCGGCACUUGGACGGCAAGCACACUGUCUUCGGAGAGGUCAUCAAGGGAUUCGAAAUUGUGCAGCAGAUUGAAAACAUGGAAACUGGAGACGAUGACAAGCCGCUCGACAAGGUGGAGAUCACCCAGUGCGGAGAAAUGGUCCGCAAAGGAGAUGCUGCUGCUCCGUACGUAACUGAAUAGUGGGUAACAACGUGUGUUGAAUUUAACUUUCAGAGAACCCGAGAAGGAGGCCUUGCCGUUUGAGCCGCCGACCAGAAACUGGCUGAUGCGCAGCUCGAAGAGUCCGGAAAACAAGGGCAGAAAGCACAAAAGGGAGAGCAGCGUCAGCAGACGUCGUGGCGGAUCGAGCAGAGAGCGUAUGAACCGUCGACGCCGUUCCGCUUCCAGAAACGGUAGCCGCGAGAGAAACCGCAAGAUCCGUAAGACGGUAAGUGAUUUCUGAUCGAAUUCAUCAAGAGUGACACCGAAUCUAGCACAAAUGAGUAGAAGACGGGUGAAAAUUAGAAAAACUGUAGAAACGGGUAACCCAUUCUGAAGUCGAACUUCUCGGCGAGGACGGAUGGGAAACUCGGUCGACGUUUGGUAGACCAUCUAUAGCCCUAGCUCUAGAGACCACUAGUGCACUGACUGUAAUAUGCAGUGUAUGUUUCCCACUUUCUGAUCUGCUAGGAAACGAGCCAUCACUUUAACACCCAAUCACAUAGUGGUCAUUUGAUGAAGGAAGGUUCUUGCCACUGGUGCGCCCCAGGCUUGUCUAGCGCUACUUGCUCGCAUUUCAAAUUCAGUUGCCAGGCUACUGUGCAUUUCUUGAGAAGGUCCGUCCUCACGCGUUGCAUUUUGAUGAACUACUAACCGCUUCAGUGCGUCAGUGCGAUCGAAAUCGCAGCACCUCUCAACCGUCUGUAAUUGGUUUCAUUAGAAGUUUUCUGGCUCAGCGCACAUUCUAUGAACCGUUGUUGCGAGAAAUUGUGCGUAUGAAACUUUUGGCAGGAUUUAGCUGGACGGAUAAUCCGAAUAUCAAGUAGAUUAUGCGUCAAAUCGGAUGAAAAUAACUUAAAAUAACUCUGGUCAACACUUUUUGGAGCCGUCUACAGCAUUUUGUCUCAUUUUAUGCCAUUCAGCCACUUGUUAUUGCAUCCGCUCUCUUUUUUUCCCUGGCUAACGACUCGGAGCAUACGUGCGGUCACAUUUCCUUCCCGAUUUAGCUCAUGUGGCUCUCCGGCCAUCUUCUUUUCGAGACUAAAGUCGAUAAAAUAUUUGUAGCAGUCACUCAAUGUAUGCUAUUUCAGGAGGCUACCGAAGGCGGAGUCAAGGUUCGUGGACGUGGACAUCACAAUUUCCGCCGCAGGUCGGCAACCCCACCGCAUUGGAGAAAAGAAGAGGUGAGUGUGAAAGUGACAUUGACAGCAUCUGUCGAAAUAAUCAAUCAUCUAUUCUUCUUUCAGUCCAAGAAGCUCACUCUGGAUGAGCACGCGAAGCGUCAGGAAGCUGAGGAAGAGUACAAAAAGCGUGUGGCUCAGCGCGAGAAAGAGGAGGCCGCUCGUAUGGAGCUCGCCAAGAAGGAGCGCAAAGAGAACGAAGAUCGCCGCGAGCUCGAACGGCUGGAGAGAAAGAAGAAGGUCGAGAAGCGCCGCAAUCGCAGAUCGGCGGAACGCAAAGACAGUCCUCCGCGCAGAUACAAGUCUCCGUCGGAAGUGAAGAAGUCGAGCCGCUUCGAUGAGUCGGAGAUGGAAGAGCCGCGCAUCCGAAUGAACGCCUCCUCGUCGUCCUCUUCUUCGUCUUCUUCUUCCGAGUCUUCGGAAUCCGAGGCGGACUAG